UUUUGCACAUUGUCUUUGGUUUUGAUAUUUGACAUUGAAAACGUGGUAGAGGUCAUCAUAGAAGAACACUGGUAUCCUAUACAAGAUUGUAACCAGCCGGAGGGGGAACAUCAGCUAGAAAUCUACGAAAACGGCGACUAUAUAAUGGCCGAGUGGCAUAUUUAUGCCUCAGGUCCAAAUGAAAAGCCUGGCGGGCAAAAAUACUGGAAGAAAAAUGGGACCGAUAAAGGACGAGAUAAUGUGAAACUUGCGAUUGAACCUGCGACCAACUUUACGCGAGAUAGGGUAAUUCUGACCUAUCUCGGUGUAUGGAUGCCACAAGACAACAAAGACGGAGACCUGAAUCAGCAAGAGGUCAUCAAUUUUGCUCGCUAUUUCGUGGAACAGCUUUGCAAUGCAGGUGUACCGUGGUCUUUGAACGCCCUGGAUCGUUAUUAUGAUACCAAAGAGAAGAGAUGGUUGAAAGAAAAGCAGGAAAUAAAAGAACGGUCCCUUAACAUAUCAGAAGUGUUGGAAGACAUACGCGACGUGAUGCUAAAAGAUCCGAAAGCAUGUUAUUGA